AUGGAAUGGGUUUCAGGCAUAAUUUUCAUCGUAUUGACACUUGCUUUGAUAUGUGCUUGGAAGGUGUUGAAUUUCUUGUGGCUUAGGCCAAAGAAGCUGGAGAAGCUGUUAAGAGAACAAGGUCUUCAUGGUAAUUCAUAUAGGAUUUUGGUUGGGGAUGUUAAGGAUCUUUUUAAGAUGGAAAAGGAAGCUAAAUCCAAACCCAUGAAUCUCUCCGAUGAUAUUAUUCCACGUGUCAGUCCCUACCUCCAAAAGAGUCUUAAAACUCAUGGGAAGAAUUCUUUUAUUUGGUUCGGAACAAAGCCAAGGGUGAUUCUUUCUAAACCUGAGCAAAUAAAAGAUGUUUUUAACAAGAUCUCUGAAUUCCCAAAGAGAAAUAAUAAAAUUUUCAAGUCACUAGUUAGUGGUCUAGCUAGCCAUGAAGGAGAAAAGUGGAGCAAGCAUAGAAGGCUAAUCAAUCCUGCUUUCCAAAUAGAAAAAUUAAAGAUUAUGACACCAUCUUUCUUGAAAAGUUGCAAUGAUCUGAUUAGCAAAUGGGAGGAAUUGUUGUCUUCAGAUGAAUCAUGUGAAAUAAACAUAUGGCCUUCUCUUCAAAACUUGGCUAGUGAUGCUAUUUCUCGAACUGCAUUUGGAAGUAGUUAUGAAGAAGGAAAAAGAAUAUUUGAACUUCAAAGAGAGCUAGCUGAACUUAUAAUGAAAGAUAUAGUGAAAUCUUUCAUUCCUUUGUGGAGGUUUGUACCUACUACUGUCCAUAGAAAUAUGGAUGAAAUUGACAGAGAUAUACAAUCUUCUCUUAAGGAUAUCAUUAACAAGAGAGAGAAAGCACUUGGUGAAUCUACUACAAAUGAUUUAUUGAGUAUUCUUCUUGAGUCAAAUCACAAGGAAAUUGGAGAAAAUACACACAACAAGAAUGUAGGAAUGACUCUUGAUGAUGUAGUGGGCGAAUGCAAAUUGUUCUACUUUGCCGGACAAGAGACUACUUCAGUUUUACUUGUUUGGACUAUGAUAUUGUUGAGUAGGUAUCCCGAUUGGCAAGAUCGUGCAAGAAAGGAGGUGUUACAAAUAUUUGGAAACAAAAAACCAGACUUUGACGGCGUAAAUAAUUUGAAGAUUGUCACCAUGAUUUUACUUGAGGUUCUUAGGUUAUAUCCUCCGGUAAUUGGCCUUGCUCGACAAAUUGAGAAAGAUGUUAAACUUGAAAACUUAGUAUUACCCGCUGGAGUGGAAGUUUUCUUACCAAUUAUUUUGCUUCACCAUGAUUGCGAACUCUGGGGUGAUGAUGCUAAGAAGUUCAAUCCAGAAAGAUUUUCCGAAGGAGUCUUAAAAGCAACAAAUGGAAGAUAUUCAUUUUUUCCAUUUGGAGGGGGGCCUAGAAUUUGCAUUGGACAAAACUUUUCCAUGAUGGAAGCAAAGAUGGCAAUAACAAGGAUUUUACAACAUUUCUCAUUUGAACUUUCGCCAACCUAUACUCAUGCUCCAUCCACCAUGAUUACUCUUCAACCACAGUAUGGUGCUCAAAUUAUCAUACGUAAAGUGGAGACAUAA